AAACAAAGGCAGAUGUGAGCCGUGUACAGGUCGGCCCGGAAAAGCUUCACACAAUAAAAGCACGCAAUCCGUAACCGAGCAGCGAUCCUCGGAGCUUCUUCAGUUCUCUUCCCUCUCAUUUUCGCACCACGUAACACCAGCGUGGGGACCACUGACAAGCGACCCGACGUCAUCACACCAGCCGGCACGCCCCCGUCCAGAGGUCAUUGGCUCGGCGCUUGUGAUUGACAUCGGCGCUGGGCCACUGACUCGCGCUGUGAUUGGUCGCUUGCUGCUGUUCCGCUUUCCUUGUUGCUGUAUGUGUGUAUUUGCUGCUGCAGCCUGCAAGUGGACUGACUGUGUCACAAGAACAAGUAGGUGCAGCUUCUGGUGCCAGCUGACAACAGGAGCCUGGUGUUUACUGUAAAGUCAUCUGUAGUUCAAACAUGACGACAGAAUCUCCCCGGCGCCCAAGUCGCUGCACAGGUGGCGUUAUGGUUCGACCACAGGCAGUCACGGAACAAUCCUAUAUGGAAAGUGUUGUUACAUUUCUCCAAGAUGUUGUUCCACAGGCAUAUAGUGGAUCACCUACAUUGGAAGAAAAAGAAAAAAUAGUUUGGGUCCGUUUUGAAAAUUCAGAUUUAAAUGAUGCAUACAGGAACAUGGAACUUCAUGAAAUGCAUAGCACUGGCAAUGACCCUCCUUUGCUUCUCAUGAUUGGGUAUACAGAUGGCCUGCAGAUUUGGAGCAUACCAGUCAGCGGUGAAGCACAAGAACUAUUUUCAGCCCGGCAUGGUCCUGUACGAUCUGCUCGAAUCUUACCAUCUCCUCAGAUUUGUGCUCAAAAAUGUGACAUGUUUUCAGAGAAGAGACCUCUUCUUGGAAUGUGCAAAAGUAUAGGGUCAUGCGGCACAAGCCAGCCUUUCUGCUGUGUGGAUUUGUACUCUCUACGGACUGGUGAGAUGGUGAAGUCGAUUCAAUUUAAAACUCCAAUCUAUGACUUGCAAUGCAAUCAGAGGGUACUGGUGGUAGUUCUACAAGAGAAGAUUGCUGCUUUCGACAGCUGUACAUUCACAAAGAAGUUCUUUGUAACAAGCUGCUAUCCAUGUCCUGGGCCGAACAUGAAUCCUAUUGCUUUGGGGAGUCGUUGGCUUGCAUAUGCUGAAAAUAAGCUUAUCCGGUGCCAUCAGUCUCGUGGAGGAGCAUGUGGGGACAAUAUUCAGUCUUAUACUGCCACCGUCAUUAGCGCUGCUAAAACUCUGAAGACUGGCCUUACGAUGGUUGGGAAAGUUGUUACCCAACUUACUGGUACACUGCCUGCUGGUUCUUCAGAUGAAGACUUGUCAUCUCACAGCAAUUCCAGGCGUAGCCCUCUUGCCCCUGGAGUCAUUACUAUCAUUGACACAGAAACUGUUGCUGAGGGACAGGUUGUUGUCAGUGAAGAUUCUGAUGGUGAAGGCAUUGCAGCUCAUUUUCCUGCACAUGAAAAACCAAUUUGUUGCAUGGCGUUUAAUCCCAGUGGGAUGCUUCUUGUCACGUCAGACACACAGGGACAUGAUUUCCAUGUAUUCCAAAUACUCACCCACCCAUGGUCAUCCUCACAAAGUGCUGUGCACCACUUGUACACCCUGCAUAGAGGAGAAACCGAAGCUAAGGUGCAAGACAUUUGUUUCAGCCAUGACUGCCGAUGGGUAGUGGUGAGCACCCUCCGUGGCACCUCCCACGUAUUCCCAAUAAACCCCUAUGGUGGUCAGCCAUGUGUCCGGACACAUAUGUCUCCCCGCGUGGUAAACCGCAUGAGUCGAUUUCAGAAGAGUGCAGGUCUGGAAGAGAUUGAGCAGGAACUGACUUCAAAGCAAGGAGGCCGCUGCAGUCCUGUGCCAGGCUUGUCCAGCAGUCCUUCUGGCUCUCCUUUACAUGGUAAACUUAAUAGCCAAGACAAUUACAACAAUUUCACGAACAACAACCCAGGGAACCCACGCUUGUCACCACUUCCUAGUUUGACUGUGGUCCUGCCUCUAGUUCAAAUAAAGCAACCAAUGACACUGGGAACCAUCACAAAGCGCACAGGACCUUACCUGUUUGGAGCAGGAUGUUUUUCCAUCAAAGCUCCUUGCAAAGUCAAGCAAGCUCCUCAGAUUUCCCCAAGCAAGUCUUCAGGAGGAGAAUUUUGUGUCUCUGCAGUGUUUGGAUCCUCCCGAUCCUGGUUUGCAAACAAUCAAGGUAUUAAGAGAGAUAAAGACCAAUCUAAGCAGUAUGUGGUGGAAUCUCUUUAUAUCAUUAGCUGUUAUGGGACUUUAGUAGAGCAUGUGCUUGAACCUCGACCUCUAAGUACUGCACCAAAGAUAAACGAUGACACACUUUUGGAAAUGUGGACUUCACCACGUGCAAGUUGGACCCUAGUUAGGACUCCACAAUGGAAUGAGUUACAACCACCUUUCAAUGCAAAUCAUCCCUUGUUGCUGGCAUCCGAUGUGGUGCAGUAUUAUCAGUACCUUCUGGCUGGAUUGGUUCCUCCUGGAAGUCCUGGUCCCAUCACACGGCAUGGUUCUUAUGACAGCCUGGCGUCAGACCAUAGUGGCCAGGAGGAUGAAGAAUGGCUUUCACAGGUUGAAAUAGUGACUCACACUGGACCUCACAGACGUCUAUGGAUGGGACCUCAAUUUCAAUUUAAAACUAUCCAUCCCUCUGGACAAACAACAGUGAUUUCCUCUAGUUCUUCGGUGCUUCACUCACAUGGCCCAAGUGACAUCCCUCAACCACUGCUAGAUUUUGAUACAGAUGACCUUGACCUAAAUAGCCUCAGGAUCCAACCAGUGCGCUCUGAGCCAGUUAGCAUGCCUGGGUCUCCUCGUCCUGUAUCUGAUCGCAGAGGGGUAUCGACGAUUAUUGAUGCCAGCUCAGGAGCCUAUGAUCGUAGCGUCACUCUUCUGGAAGUGUGUGGGAGCUGGCCUGAGAGCUUUGGGUUGCGCCACAUCUCUUCCAUUGAAAGCACAGAUGAAGGUCUCCGUGAGCGAUUGGCUGACGCUAUGUCCGAGUCCCCUAACCGAGAAGUGGUGGUAUCAGGAACAGAACUACAGCGAGACGGAAGCAUAGAGACACUAAGUAACAGCUCUGGAUCUACCAGUGGUAGCAUUCCUCGCACCUUUGACGGUUACAGGACGACUCUGCCAAGCAACGAAAGUCAACCGCUCAGCCUGUUCCCAUCAGGACUUCUAUAGCAUAAAAAAAUGAAGAAACAUUUUCAUACUUACUAUUCAAAUUUUCAUGUAAUUUAAUGUAUAAUGUGCUUCCUUCUUCUCUUCAAGCUUUUUCUUAUUAGACUGUAUAUGUUGGAGUUCAUCAUUUGCAUAGAACAUUAGAUUGGAAGUAAGAAAUGCAGUGCAUUCCUUUUAGUCUUUAUUUGGCAUCAGUGAUUAGGAUAUGCUUUAAACACUAUUAGAACUGAGACAAUCUAAAUGUGACUUCUACCUUCCUGUGUUUUCUGCAGUGGCAUGACAUACACUGGUGAUUCUGGCAUAUAUAUUUAUUCGGAGAUAUCAUUUAAUGGGAAAUGCACAUUAUGUGUGAUAUUACUGUACUGAAUUUAAUAGCAAAUGCAUCAUGUGUGUUUAGCUAUACAAAGCUGUGCAUAUGAUUCUCAGUUGACACGGGUGUGACUAUUGUGUCUCCAUUUUGUUUUAUUAAUUUUAGAUUAUCAAGGGGUGAAGUGUUUUAUUUUUUUUAGGUAGUAACUCAAAUAACUACAAAUUGAGCUAUUGCCAUAAAAAUC